AUGACUUCCAAACCUCAGGUUUACUCAGGCAAGCAAGUGCCAUUCUAUUAUGAAAAUGAAGUCUGCAGACAAGCCCACUUUAUUAAAUCACCACCUCCUCAGCUUUUCUCAUCUCAGGCCUCCUGGAAAAGUCGAUAUUUCAUACUGUCAAAAACUGAGGAAAAUUGCUAUAGUCUUCAGUAUUUUAAAGACCAUCAUUGCCGGGGUUCCAUUGAAGUUGAUCAAAUUUCCAAUAUAGAAGUGGGCAUCAGUAACUCUGAGAAAAUGGCAUUUGUCCAGAAGAUGUUUAAAUGUCUACCAGAUGAAGUGAUGUCCAUUAUAACCCCUAAACGCGAUUACUUUCUCAUUAGCAAAGACAGGAGAAUAAUUGAAGACUGGGUCUUCUUCAUAUCAUCAUCCUGCCUGAAUCUGAAAGUCACCAGUGAUCAGAAUGUGAAGAAUCUAAAUCUAAGUCAAGAUGCCAGCAACCAAGCCAAUGUUGAACAGCCUCUUGACUCCAAAGGAAAUAAGAACAUCUAUGGAAUCAUUCCAGGAAUCUGUGAUGAUGUGCAAGAGAAACAUUUCUCAGAAGACAAAAGACCCAUUUCCUAUCCUGGCCAUUUUUCUGGUCCUCCUGGCUCAUCACAGGACAAGACCUGCUCAAGCCUACCAAGAAAUAGUCUCCCAGACAUGAAAAUGCUAGCUCUCAGUCGAUCAAAUGCAGUAAAAAUGAAAACACUUAAUUAUUUCCCCAAGUCCCAAUUGGACUGUGACUUUCUUCUUAAACAGCAUGAAAUAGAAAGGAGUUCUUCAGGACCCAGCCAAUCUUCACUAAUGAGUGAUUUAGCUCCUGAGAACCAACAAGAGACAGAAGAUGAGAAUUAUUAUCUUAGUCCUCGAAAUGUUCUUGCCCAGUUGGACAAUAUGAUUGCUUCCAAAGAAGGCAAAGAAUUUGAUGAAUCUGAGGAGCCAGACCAGGUCUCCAAUCCGACUGAUCAUCUCUACAUGUCAAUGAAAUCUUGUUUUGAUGAAGAGAAAUUCCAGCAGCCUUCCAACAUCAAAGAUGGUGCUCAAGCCUUUCCAGUGAACCAGGCUGAAGCGCUAAACCUGCAGGAACUGGAAGCCAGAAGCAAGCCAUAUCAUUCUUCCGAAAGUGAAGAACCAAAGCCCAAGAACCAGAAAAGGGGACUAAACGCAUUCUCUGUUGUGCAGCUAUCCAGAAUAAUUAAUAACAUACCUGCCGGAAUCCCCUUGGAAGAGGUGGAUUUAUUCCUUUCCAAGCACGAUAUCCACAAAUACCUGACUCUCACCCAAGCCAUAGGUCAUAUUUGUGUGGCUCAGUGGAAAGGUCCCCCACACUUGGGUUGUAUAUUUCACCAUGGUGAUCGCUUAUCAGCUGUGAAUGACCUAAAGCCUCAUACCCUAGAAGAAGUAACCUUAUUCCUGGAUAGGUCCUUAAGGAAGGAGGUGAAACUAACCAUCUGCCGGAUUCCUGAUUCAGAUAAAUUCCACACAGUGUCCUGUGGCUGCUCUUGA